AUGGGCAACACGCCGUCCCACCAGCACGGCACGCCCUCAAGGCAUGGUGACGGGACCAACCUCGGACGCUCCGGCAGUCAGCGCCGACAGAACAACUUACGCCUCUCCAUGCCGCAGCCCAACGCCCACGUCUCACCCCAGUCUUCCCACCCAAACUCUCCCUCUGGACGCCCGGGCUCCCCGCGCCGGCGCCGCUCCCUCGAGCUCCCCGACCUGAACCGGCUCAGCUUCACACCAGCCGCACCGCAGCCGACAACGGCGACCAACACCUCAAAUCACUUGGCGACGGGAAACCGGACACCGUCUGGGCGCCGGCCAGCUGGGAGUACCGGGGGAACGACGACAGGCGCGCCUAUGUCGCCAUCAUCAAAACAGGCGCCGCCGGAAGGCGUCACCGUCGUUCCCGUCAACGACCACACGACCUACUUCCCUUCGCAGCCUAUUCCGAUCCGCUCGCCGCGCGGCGGCAAUGCAGACUUACCGAGCCCGGAGCGCCGGCCGCGCCCCGAGCUCAAGCCCGUGAGCGACAGCACGCCGCGGCGCACUGGCCUGACGCCCCCUCCGCCGACGGUGAGCGCGACGCCGCAGCCAACAGGCGGCGCACAGGCGGAGGACGAUGGACUCGUCGACGUCCCCAUCCAGUGGACGGGCGGGGGGCGCACCGUGCUGGUGACGGGCAACUUUGCAGACAACUGGCGCGGCCGCAUCAAGCUCCGCAAGAGCACACACGACUUCAACACUGUCCUCCGUCUCGCGCCGGGACAGUACCGGCUCAAGUUCCUCGUCGACGACUCCUGGCGGUGUUCUAAGAGCAUGCCGACCGCGACCGAUAACGACGGCACGCUCGUCAACUACAUCGAGGUCGAGGCGCCCAAGUCGGACGCGGACCAGGUCGGUUGGGCCGUCGACGACAUGACGACGGCUCCUGCCGCCCAGCCGGACGACAGCCAGUGGACGAACGAGAUUCCCCCAGCCCUGUCUCUCUACGCCUACCUGGAGGAGCUUCCUGGCAUGUUAUCCUCGGACGAGUUGCGCGAGUACGUCCGCCGCGUCCCGUACUUUUCGCCGGUGCCCAAGCCCCCGCAACUCCCGCGUAUCCUUGAACGCGUGAUUUUGAACCAGCAAGCCCGCCCCGAGGUGCCCGUCAUCGACGCGCAGGGCAACCAGAUCGGGGGCUCGGACGACAACGCGGUGCUGCCCACGCCCUCUUCCUCUGUCCUCGGGCACCUGCUCGCGUCGGCGGUGCGCGGCGGCAGCCUGGGUCUCGCGACGACAACGCGCUACCGCAAAAAGUACAUUACGACUGUCCUCUUCCGCCCCAUCCACGAGCAGGCGCCCCAGGACGAGACCACUGAUGCUGCCGCAGCGAGUCCUAGCUCGACCCUGCAGCCCGGCCAGCCCACGCUGCCCGCGCAGCCUAAUGUGCCCGCGCCCGUUGCGCCGGCCCAGCCGGAGGCGCCGGCUCAACAGGAGCAGCCUCAGCAGGAGCAGCAGCAGCAGCAGCAGCAGCAGCAGCAGCAGCCAGGCCCCGCCAGCCCAGCCCCAGCAGCCUCAGGCCCCCGCGAACGAGUAACGCACCUCCCAUAG